UCCUUUAAUAGUCGUAUAUACAUAUACAUAUAGUGCGUGUAGCUACGGUGUUCCUCCCUUUCCUUGAAGCUAGCAAUUACUCCGGCUGGCUGCUGGGUGCCCGACCGACGACCCUAAUAGCUAUGUUUAGCUCUUCCGGGCGCGUCCACAAGACGCCGGUAAACACAGCGUCGACCAUUGUCGCCGAAGGUGUGUCCGGAUCACAUGUCCUCACAGUUCAGGGAUACUCCCAUACCCUUGGACUCGGCGUCUGCAGGUCUAUUCCGUCGGGCAUAUUCAGCGUCGGGGGACAUACUUGGAAAAUCCUCUACUACCCCGACGGCGUCAACAGAGAAUUUGCUGAUUGGAUAUCUUUUUCUCUACUUCUUCAUGCCGCGGAUGAUGACGACGCUGAUGAUGCUGGUAGCAGUACGCUAGGUAUCAAAGUAAGAUGCAGGUUUAGCCUGCUCGACCAGGUGGGCGUGCCGGUGCUAAAUCACACGUCGCCAUACAGGACUACCACAUGUUAUGCACAGGGCCACGGAAUUACAUCUCAUGGAUUCAUCAAAAGGGAGGAACUGGAGAACUCGCCGUAUCUUAAAGCUGAUUGUUUCAACAUCAAGUGUGAUGUCAGCGUCACCACGGGGAUCCGUACGCAGCCCAAAUCACAACAAUUUAUCACUGUGCCGCCUUCUGACAUGCCUCAUCAACUUGGCCGUGUCUUGGAGACCGGUGAGAUUGCGGACGUGACAUUUGAGGUCCGUGGUGAGACAUUUGUUGCGCAUAGGCGUUUGCUCGCGGUUCGGUCCUCGGUGUUCAUGGUGCAACUCUUCGGUCCAAUGAAGGAGGAUGAGGCAACGUGUAUACGGAUCGAUGACAUGGAAGCUAGAGUGUUCAAGAUGAUGCUACACUUUAUCUACACCGACACGCUCCCUAAUAUAGAUGCCGGUGAAAACACGGAGAUGGCUCAACAUUUGUUUGUGGCGGCAGACAGAUAUAAUCUAGAGAGGCUAAAGUUGAUUUGCGUGAAUAUGUUAUGCAACCACAUGAACGCAAGUAUGGUGGCAACGACAUUGGCACUUGCUGAGCAACAUGAUUGUGACAAGCUCAAGAAGGCAUGGUACAAGUUCCUCACUCAUUUUCAAAAUUUGAAGGCGGUAAUAGUGAGCGACGGCUUUAAGCAUCUCAAGAGCAUUCGCCCCAAUAUUCUAGAGGAGAUACUAGAUCGUCAGGCGGCUGAUGCUCCUUGAUCUUGAUCCCUUUGUGUGUUUUCCUUAGAUUAGCUAGGAAGAGAUCGUGAUUUUUAUUUUAUUUUAAAGGAGGGUAAUCCUUGGCUUGUGCAUCACUGCGUUUAACACAGCCAUAGAAAGAGAUUGUGAUGAUGUAAUUAAUUACUAUAUAGAUAGACUGAGUUAGCCAUCCGUAUUUUGUCCAAGAGGUGUGAUCAUGUGUCUGCCUUUCCGUUUUCUUAUAGGCUUUAUUUGUGUA